CAGGAACGCCCUCAACCGAGACGCAUACAACCAUACAACUCUUUUUAAUCAGCUUGUCUCACGAAGCCGAUCGCGAGGCAUAUCAAUUCAGUCACAAUGAAGCUUAACGAAUCUUCUGCUGUUUCCACGACAAGAGCUCUUCUUGUCCCAUAUGAGAGCAGACAUGUCCCCACGUAUCACCAGUGGAUGGAAGAUCCGGCAAUCCAAGAAGCAACAGCCUCAGAACGUCUAACUCUCGAAGAAGAAUACGAGAACCAGCAGUCAUGGCGCUCCUCCCACGACAAGCUAACCUUCAUCAUCUGCCAACCAUCCGUCACUCCCGGCUCAGCAGAACCAUCCACGGUACAUGCCGGCCAGGUGGAUUCCCCCGCAAAAAUGAUUGGCGAUGUCAACCUAUUCCUCUACCCAAACGACGACGACGAGGGGGAGGAUCAAGCCGAUGAUGGUUGGUUCCAAUGCAUCGGUGAAGUCGACAUCAUGAUUGCGUCUCACGACCAUCGUGGUAAAGGGCUGGGAAGGGCGGUGGUGUCAGGCUUCUUGCAGUACAUCUCCCGUAACUUGGAGGGAAUUCUCCGAGAGUAUUAUACCGGCGAGAGAGAGCAGGCUGGUGCCGGUAGUACCACCACCACCAACAGUCCGAUGCUCAAACCCAGACUCAGGAUGCUCAUGGCCAAGAUCAACAAGGACAACACCAAGAGCAUUGCCCUUUUCAAGAGUCUCGGGUUUGAGCAGGAGGGAGACGUCAACUACUUUGGCGAGCUCAAGCUGGUUCUUCGGGACCUUGGGGUGUAUGCAUCGGCGAACGUUCCUGAAGGUUACGCAGAGUUGGUUUAUAAAAGGGAAGACUGAAGAUACUCGAAAGCAACUAAACUAGUUCCAAUACUCGCUGAUGAGUGGUAGAAGUGCCCUUCAACAACCAAAUGAUCAUUCUUGAAAAGCA